AUGGGUGACUGGUCGUUUCUGGGCCGGCUUCUGAGUGAAGUCCAGAACCACUCCACCGUCAUCGGUAAGAUCUGGCUCACGGCCCUCCUCAUCUUUCGGAUCCUCCUGGUCACGCUGGUGGGUGACGCCGUCUACGGAGACGAGCAGUCCAAGUUCACCUGUAACACCCUCCAGCCGGGCUGCACCAAUGUCUGCUACAAUAGCUUCGCCCCUAUCUCCCACCUUCGCUUCUGGAUCUUCCAGAUUGUCCUGGUGGCCACGCCGUCCAUUUUCUACAUUGUGUGUGUGUUGCAUCAGGUGGCCUUGGAGGAGAGGAUGGAUGUGGAGAGGGACCGUCUGCUGGAGCUGUGGCAAAGGCUGGCGCCAGCCCCUGGGGACGUCCUUCCCGGAGUGGGGUCUGGGGUCCUAGUGGCCUCCAGCUCCUUCGAGGACGGCAGCCUGGAGGAGGAGGAGGUCCUUCCGAAGCAUCUCCAGGCCACCUCUCAGGACCCCAUCCACCUGGCCAACCGGGCGCUGAUCAUCUACAUCGCCCACGUGGUGCUGAGGUCCUUCCUGGAGUUGGGAUUCCUAGUGGGGCAAUACUACCUGUUUGGGUUCGACGUGCCUCAUUUAUACCGCUGUGAAACGUACCCGUGUCCCACCAAGACGGACUGCUUUGUCUCCAGGGCGACAGAGAAAAUGAUCUUUCUGAACUUUAUGUUCGGGGUUGGCCUCGGCUGCUUUCUUCUGAACUUGGCAGAAUUGCACUACCUGGGAUGGCUCUUUACCUUCCGGAUGCUCUUCAAGGCUUGUGUCAACUGCUGCCAAUACCUAGGCAAAGCGCCCCCAGCCCACCGGCCCCGACUGCUGCCUCUCCUGGACUCGAGCCAGGAGAGGAUCCUCCUGGAGGCCUCCCUGCUGCCCGCGUGGGGGUCGGGACAUCUCGCGGCACAGCACGCUGUGAUACCUCUGACCAUCGAUGCAGGCCGGCCAACUCUGGACCUCACAUCUCAACAGGAAAAGUCCCCGAGGAUGCCCGCCAGGAAAAAGUCUUGGCUAUAA